GCAUGUGAAAAAAGUAAAUGUAAGAAUCCCGGCUAUGUCAUGUCUUCGUGUAUCUCAAAUUGAAUGAAUACCGAUAGAAAAUCAAUGUGUAGCACUCAAAUACCGUGCGUCGAAAGCAACGGCAACAAGCAAGGCCGGCUCCAUUUUCUCGACCUGUAGUCGAACCUGUUGGCGGAGCGAAAAUAUUACAAUUUUGAGUUUGUGCAGCUCCUUGUUUCAAUCUUUUCCGCUUCACACACGACGCUGCUCCACAAGGUCUCUCCCAGGCGGCUUUGGAUUUCGCAACUCGGGCUACUACUACUACUACUACCGGCAGCAAGUUGAAGUCAAAAAUUCACAACCCGUUUGCGUCACCAGUCGUGUAACGCCAGUUCUGGGCAGUAGUGCAUCAUCAGCAGUCCUCCCCCGCGUCGUACUAAAAGUAUAUCGGCGGUCCCAGUGCCAGAUAUUAUCAUCGGCGCAGCUGUCCCCGUCCAGCUCCUUGCCAGGUGCAGGAGUGACUCCUCAGCAGAGAACCGAACAACUGCCGGGAAAAUAAAACUCCCCUCGGCGUCGUCUUCAAGCUUUUUUUGAAUUUUGUCACCGAUGCGUAAAGUAGUCCGUCGAGUUGUGUAUAAGGACUACUCACAAGGAAGAUCCGACGAGGCCCGUUCACUUCGACAUCAUUUCUUUACCCAUUAGUAUUAGUUCUCCUACUGGUGAUGUCAGUCGCAGUAUUCCGCGGAGAAGGAGACGAGAAGGACGACAGAGGCAGCAGCACCAUUUUUUCCAAGAAAUCCACAAGAAGGAAACUACAGAAGCGCCCUGUCUCUAGGAGCCCUUGUCCUUGGCGGAGGUUGCAGAUUCUUGCACCCCGAUCUGUGGCUGUAAGUGAGUAGCUCUGCAGCUCGUGGCUCUCGUCGACAGGACCAAUUUGGUGCAGCAAUAGCAAACUUCUUGGUUCUACGGCCGUAUUCCCGAGGACCGAAAGCUGCAACGGCGAUACUCCAUCAGUAUGGCGACGUCAAACGCAUUUGUUGACGAUGACGAGGAGGACUGUCCCCUGUGCAUGAACCGCCUGGAUGAAACCGAUAAACACUUUUACGCCUGCACAUGUAUUGAAAUUUUUGCGUUGGUAUUUUCACAUGGAUGUCAAUUUCAAUUUUGAAUCGGUUGUAACUCACAGGAAAUUGAAACUCGAUAAGCGUUGUGAAGUGACAGCGGCAGUACUUUCACCGAAUUAGUAUUGAAAAGGAAAAAACAAAUCUCGCAGGUUCCUACCGAAUUUGCCUUUUUUGUGUGAAUUACAUCCGAAAUGAGGACAAUGGGUUGUGCCCUGCGUGCCGACAGCCCUAUGACGAGGCAAACUUUCGUGUCAUCGAGCCCCCGAAGCAAAAAUCUGCAAAAGCCGCGGAUGCCACGGCAAAUAGCGGAAGUAACAAGCAGCAGGCUGGGAGCAGUUCCGCUGCGCAUCAGCAAGAUCUUCGUACAAGCGGCAGCAAGCACAACAAGGGAGCUGCGGGUACUAGCAGCAGCAGUGCAACUUCUGCGACCCGGGCCAGUGGGGGGCCCUCACGCGGCGGGGCGACUGGAGCACGGCCAAACGUGCCAGACCCCACACAGGCGGCCGCGCCCAGUGGAGGUGCCGUCAAGCAAUCGCCACUCCGUCCGGCAUAUCAAAUGCAAAAAUGUCUGGGUCCGGAAAAAUGCCAGACUUGUCAUGCAGAUUUUACAUGACCCAUAACGCCUGUAAUGGAAAACCUGGCAUCACAGAUUUUUAGCGGGCUUUCUGAUGCCUAUCCCGCAUGAGAAAUGCCCUCUCCAUGUAGCACAAACUGGACCCCUCUUGCUGGUCAUGCAAUACAAAUUUUUUUAGAAUGCAGAGACAGCAUCACAAGUCGCAAUCUUCCAGACCCAGACAUAUUUGCAUUUGAUACGGCAACGAGGUAUCCGGAAGACUCGGCGGAGGUGCGGGAGCGGAAGCAAUACAAAGACUUUAUGGAUUGCAAAAAUGUCUGGGUCUGGAACAAAGCAACUUGUCAUGCGAAAUCUGAAGCAUACAAAAAUCUGUGUUGCAUGAGUGCCGAAAGCUGUCCACUUUUGACCUAAUCGAGAGGCAGUUUCUCAUGCAGCAUAGGCAUGAUAGAGCUCUCGCAGAAUCUGUCAUGCUAUGUCCUAUAUACCAGACCUCAUGGGUCAUGGAAAACCUGCAUGACAAACUUGCAUUCUUCCAGACCCAGACAUUUUUACAUUUGAUAGACUUACUGAUGGAGCAACGGGUGCGACAGCCGACUGCAGUGUAUGUCAUCGGGCUGAGCAGGACAUUCGCAAACGAAAAAAUCCUGAAACAGGAGUUUUUUGCGCAGUAUGGCCCAAUCAAGUCGGUACUGCACUGGAACUGGUUGUUGAAUGAUGUCACAACUUCGUCUCCUGUAGUUUAUAUCGGUCUACGAGAAAAUGAGUAACCAAAGCGUGCUUUCUGCAGCAUUUGUAUUUCCAUGGCUUUAUUGCCCAACAAAUCUUGAUCAAGUUUUUCUACUUUUCGACGAAACAGGUCGUCUUAUCCUCGCAAGGAAAGCAGAGGCACGGGGAGGAGUAUCAUUCCGCCUACGUCACGUACCAAAAAGAGGAGGACGCCGCGAAAGCGGUGCGGGGCUUGGACGGUUACAAGCACCCGGACGAGGAUAUGACGCUUCGCUGCAUGAUCGGCACCGCCAAAUAUUGCAUCAAGUGGCUCAACGGCGAAUAUUGCGACCGGCACACGAAAGGGGACUGUACCAAAUUUUUUUGAACCUUCGAAGUAGAAAAUAUGCGUUUUUUGAAAAUGGAUUUAUUGUGAAUGGAACUCUAACUGCAAGUCGAACUCCAUAACUUUUUUUUUUUUUGAUCUGUCUCGUUUAACUUCUACAACAGGCAAUUUUAUGCACGGUUUGCAUCCUGAUCACCGAGAUCUGAAGGCACUGGCCGCACAGCAGUCGGGUAAAGGCCAUAAAGGAAAGGGGAAACGAGGAAAGGGCGACGAAAAGGGCGGAGGCACAGGAGCCUCAAGUAGCGCACUCGGAGCAGCAGGGGGAGCUUCAAGUGCAGCCUUGGACAGCAUUUCGAGCAACCACAAAGGCAACAACCCGACUACGUCCUCACUGAACGUUCCUGACCCUGCCAAAUACGUUGGCGGUUCCAGCUCCAAAACAAAAGCAGAGCCCAUUAACCGGCCAGACGCAGCAAGUAAGAGGAAUAGCCCCGAAGUGUUGAAAAAUUCUCCCACGGCAUCCACUUCUUCGGCGGUUGCAAAUGCUGAGCUGCCCGCUGCCAUGGUCCCGCCCGCCUUACCACCGAGCGUGACAGGCUCGCCGAGUACGGUAUCUGACGCAGCUGGAGCCGCGAGCGGAACCAGUGUCGCGGGAGGAGCCGGCAGCUCCGCUGGUUCGAAAGGGGCACAAAUAACGUCAAUCGGCGGCACAACUACUGGCGCUGGUGCACAACCCCCUGCGUCCAAAACCGAACAGCAGAAGAAAAAUAGACAAAACAAUAAAAACAACAACGCGACGGCGACGGCGACUGCGACUACCAAUUACGACUACAAACCCGGGAAGCGAGCGGGCGGUAAAGACAAAGAAGGUACAGGAGCCGAUGUACUUGCGGAAAAUCAGCAACCCGGCGUAUCUGCUUCGUCGAAGCAGGGGACCGAUAGUUGUGUGGGGGCGCACAGCACCGCAAAAUCAACGGGAAAAAAUGUUCUCAGUGAGAGCAGUGCGCCCCUUGCUAAGGACAAGGAGAAGAAAGAGCAAAAGAACUACGCGACUCAUAGCUACAACUCCGAAGAGCAGCAGCCGCCAGGUUCUUCUAGUAAAGACGCCACAACAAGUAGUACCGGUGCGACGAGUAAGAAGAAAAAGAAGUACAGCAGUGCGGAGUACGAGAAGUACGAAAAAGAGACGACUAGCAAGUACGAAAACAGCAAGCACGAAAAUUCUACGUCGAGCAAGUACGAGCAAAAAGAGAAGCAUCAGUACGAAAGCAAGCACGGGAAGUAUGACAAAUACGACAAACAGAGCGACGUACUAUCGACAUCAAAGCACGGGACCAACAAAUACGAGAAAGAGCAGUGGAGCGACAAAGACUGGGCAAAAUGGGAGAAACAUGAGAAGGCCGACUGGGAGAAACAGGAGAAAGCGAAGAAGGAAGCCAAAAAAGAGUACCUUUUAUUUUGUUGCUGGUUCCUUUUCCUUGUCUUGAGCCGAUGAUGUUCAUGUUCACCUGAUUUCGUGAGCAGUAAAUUUGUAGGGAAAUAAGUGUCUUACCGUUACCGUGCGUACCUAUGGCGCAACCCGAAGGUUGUAUGCAUUUGUCUUCAUAGAUGAGAUAGACGAAGUCGAAGUCAAUCGUAAUGCAAGCACUUUGUCUACUACCUCAAGUACAAGUUUACUAAAUUCCGUAAAAAUCUGCAGGCGCAAACAGCGGGAAGCGGAAAGUUGGAAAGAGGACUGGUUUGUCGGCGAUGAUGGAAAGAAGUACACGCAGGCGGAAUGGGACAAGUGGCAGCACGAACACAAACAGGAAAAGAAAAACAAAAAGCUCAAGCGGGAAAAGGAAAAGCAGAAAAACCAAGAAGACCCCACCAAAGUAGGGUACGGAGACGAAGAGGACCAGAGCGAAGACAAGGUCAGUUCCUCCGCGGCAGCCAGUCCCACAACGACCGAUGGAGGCUACGGGGGUGGCAACAGCAGCUACAAUGAAAGCAAGUCCACGCACGUUGAACCGCUCAAGACCAAAGCCCAGCAAAGCGCGGCUAAAGGAGGAGGGAAAAACAGCGGCAAAGGAAAAGCCGGAGCCGCGGGUGCUGUUUCUACUUCUGGUGCAUCAUCUUCAUCUUCAGCACAGCAGCAGUCUGCCAGUGCCGGGAAGAACAGCAAUAAGACUACGCCGUGCAGCAACAACGGGAAUCAUGGCUCGUCAACUCCCGCUGGUGGCCCUGGAGGUGCGCCAUUGCAGUCGAACAGCGCUAGCAAAACCAAGCAGCUGCAGCCGAAUGCAUCGAAGCCGCAAAAAGCGCCCGACCUUUCGAAAAUACCGUCGCCAAUAUUCCCACUCGGGGGCCCUCCCUCUUCGGCAGCGCCAGGAGCAGCUUUGACGGGGUAAGAUAAAGAUAUCCUUUUGUUGAUUAUGCUUAGAUUCAUCAGCCAAAAGCUUUAUUCAUCAGCCAAAGCCCAUGCAUGUAAGCAAAGUUCAUGCUUGACUGAUAUGAGUUUUUUGUAGUGCGUCUGCGGCUUCUUAUGAUACAGAGUUAUACUUUGUGAUUGUGCCGUUAGCUCUACCUUCGUGAUGAUCGUAAAAAAAAAAACAGGGCCUCAUCUUCGGUGAACGGUACAGGUGGAGCGGGAACAGCGUCGGAGAGCAGUAAAAUGGUCAUCCCGAGCGUGCCGCCUCCCUCAAUAGUGCCGGACUUUGCGCCGCCCACCCUAGCGCCACCUCCCACUACCGCGCCGCAGGAGUGGGCGGCGCAUUCACCUCCUGCUCUGUAUUUUUGUUGCGAACCUGAUUUUUUUAGAUUUUCGUUUUCCUUUAUUUCGUGUACGUCUACCUUAUCAGCAGAGUACGUAAUCGUAUUGUUACGUGACCUGAUGUGGAAUUCUUGGGACGUCGUGUCGUCGGUCACCUCUACAUAGAUACAGGAAGAAAAUCAAGAUGAAGUGUUGAAGUUCUUACGAAGGUUGAAAUGGAAACUCCACCUCUACUCACAGGAGCGAUGGAAAAAAGCAGAAGAAUGCUUCCAUUGCACUCGCCUCGCCGCCCCCUAUCGUGGACUACGCCGCCUUCAACCAGGGACCGCCACCGCUACCUGACCUCCCUCCCCCGACGACCGAUGGUAAGAUUUUGCUAUGUGCACUUUUGUUUUGAGUUUUCAUAGUGAGAGUCGAAUAAAAAGCGUUUUCUUAAGUGGGCACGAGUCGAUGUCUGACGUUGCGCUUCGUUGUCUCCGGAACAAAUUCGGGCGAGACUAGUAUAUAUAGCAAGCCGCGCAUCAAUUUCAAUUAUCAACACGGAUAUCCUCAGGUAAGCUCGGUUCGUCUUCAUUCGGCGGCGCUGCGGCCUCGUCGACUUCUAAGGGAGGCAACAAUAGUACGCGAAAGGAAAAUAAUAAAGGAGGAAAGAAUUCAAGUAAAGAACGGGAAGCGACAAAGGCGCAAAAGCAGAAGCGAUACGGCGAGGGGGAGCAUCGCUUCGAAAGACGCACACCGCCUUCAGCGCAAGGACAGGAUGAUGACGAUGUGGAACUACACGGGCGAACGUCAAGAAGACUAUCAACAAAAGAGCCAACAGCACCUUCUUCGUCUUCUUCACUGGAGCCUGCAAUAGCUUCAGCAUCCGGAGGCGGAGCAAAUAAAAGUAAGACCAGAACGAGAGGCAACAAGAACAAAACGGCAAGCAACAGUGAUCUCCCGCACGAAACUUGUACAAGUCAACAAGCGACCAGAAGGAGUUCUUGUACAUACCAAGAGGUAACCGGGACAACCGCGUCGAGCACUUCUACGGGUGCUUCUACUACCAGUACCUCCGCGCAGAAACUCUUCAAUGCAAAGACAGCGAAUACUAGUUACGCCGCCGUGGCGUCGAGCAAAAGUGGCUGCACUUCUACAGAAUGCCACCAAGAGAAGACCGCAAAGAGGCAGAUGGACGGCGUGGUGCUGGACCAGCAAGACGAGCGCAGCAGCGACGCCCUCAGGGAACAAGACCAGGAACACGUAGAAGAUGCAGAUCAUGCUUCGAGUCAUCAACCUCCGACCUUUUCUUCUCCGGUAACGUCCAGUAGUGAGGCGCAGUCGCUGGAGCUGAUUAGCGUCUUGGCGCCCUCUCCCGACCACGAGGACCAAGAUACCACGGCCGGGGACCAGGACCCGCUGUCCAAAUCCGGCGGCAUUCACGAGCGGCUGGCGGAUGUCUUCGACGGAUGCAGCAGUCCGCAGGAGAGCUCCUCCAACACCACUUCCAUCACGAGUGAAAAAAGCAGUGUGGUAAUGAUGUGCGGGGGGAGCACAUCUUCAAUAGUACAGGAACAACGUCCUCGAGGACAGCUGCAGCAGCGAGGAAGUUCAUCGUGUUCUCUCAUGUCGAGUUGUACCUCUAUCUACAACCACGCGCCGGCACCUGCGAGCGCGGCACAGGGGACGCCCCCUGGAGAGGCGGUUGUAUCUUCGGGAGUGGUCACACUUCUAUCCAGCAGUACUUGUGCGGUGGUGGACCAGGAUCUACUUCCGGAGAACAUAAACGAUAACAAAAAUUCUGCUUGCAGCAGCACCACCAGCAGUUCCAACCUCGUGGAUAAAAAGUCCGAAGGUUGUACCUCGUCGGAACAAAGAACACCGGAGUCCAUCGUCGAGGAAGAGGAGGACGUAGACGCUCCUGCAGAGGAACGAGCGAACGGUGGCGCCGGGGGCGCUCGUUCCUCGGGCACCACUGUAGCCGCGAGCGGAAAAAACACUCGAACGCGAGCAAAAAGGAAGCGGGGCAGAAAAGCGAGUGAAGCACGAAGAAGUAGCAAGGACAACAAAAUUAUUCUUAACGGGGAACAAGAACAGCUUGCUGCCGCUCCCAACGAUGAAAACAAAGCUGGAGAAAAAGAUCAUCGUCUCGAAGAGCAAGAACGAAAAACCGGGCCGAAUGCGACAAGCAUUAAAGUCUCAAAUGACGAGCUCCGCUCCCCGGUUUCGAACGACGCUUCAAGCUGUGCGACGACAACAAUAUUGGGGGAAGAUCCCAACCUGAAUACUAAUCCUGGAGGCGCGACAACUACUUUCCCUAUCCCUCCUGUAAUCAACACAGCAGCAGCUGCAGCAUCGGCAGCAACCUGCUCAACAUCUGUUCCCGCGGGCGUGCCUCUUCCGCCACCCCCUAUGCCGGCCCUUGGGCCUGGAAUGCAGAUGCUCGCGCCUUCCUCUAAAGCGACACUUUCCACCAGUACGACGACCUCUUUCUCAGCGACCGUGGCAAAAAUCGGUCCCCCGCCGCCCUUGCCCCCAUCCCUUUCCAUGAAGUCGACCGUGACACCCACCUCCGCGACCCGGACGAGUGCGGCGACUACGCACGUAUCGUUGGUUGCACCAGCACCGCCGUCCGGAGUGCCCGCACUGCCGGCUGUGCCUCAUAUUUCCCCCAUGGCGGUUAGCGCGCAAGCGCAAAGCUCCGACUUUAAAAAGGACACCUCGAGCUGCACGGGCGAGUCGCGGCCCGAUGCAACAUCCGCUGGGGACAGUGGCAGCAUCAACAAGGAUAAAAAUGUUGAGAAUGCCACAUCCCAGGCAGCAGGCGAUGCCGGACUGAGCACACCGAAUAGCGCCACCACAUCCAAGAAUGCUGGCUGUGAAAUGCAGGAGCCUCCACUGGCGCCGAAGAGAAAAUCGACACGGACCUUCACUUCGACCAGCCCAAGCAGCAGAAUACCAUCGAACAGUACAACCAGGUUCUUGGCGACUUUGAAUCUGCAGGCAGUGAAUAAAAAGGGCACGCCGAGAAACGCGGAAACGUCGAAAGGAGAACUACAGACGAGCGAAGUUGUAACGAACAAGGGCCCGCCCGUGGCAGUCCCGCCUUCAGUUCCACCACCCGGUGCUGUGCCCGCCCUGCCACCGACAACAACGCUUCCGACCGGCGCUCUCGGCAGCUGCACGGUUGCUAAUGGAGCACUGCAACCUGGUGCGCCGGGUGGAUCACCACAGCAACCUGGUGCGCCGGACCAUCCGCAGCACGCAUCGACACCUGGUACGGUGGUGCAUCAGCAGCAGCUGACCACUUCGACCUCCCCGUUCCUCCAAAGUAGUGCCGUUGUGCAAGGUAAUGCGAAUUGUAUGCAGCAGCUGCAGGUCCCGAACUCGAACAAUAGCAAUAUGAUGCAGCAAGCUGGAGUUGGAACGCUUGGCGCGCCAACGAAUGCCCCUAAUUCGGCAGGGCUGGUUGGAACGGUCGUGAUGCCGCAGCAGCAGCCGCAGGCUGUAGUAGCUGCCGCUCCGCCGGCUCCGCAAAUGGUGGGAACGCUAAGUUUUCAGAACCUCGCGCAGUAUCAAAACCAGAAUGUUUCGGCCCUGCAACAGCAAGUGACGCGAGCGCCAGGAGGAGCGAGUGCCGUUGGCGGAGGUGGAGUAGCAGGGCAGAUGCAGCUGGGGGUGAACAACUACAACGGCGCAAACCUCCUCAGCGUCAACAGCGCUCUGCAACUCCAGUCAAGUAACAGUGUCCAAGCUGCCCCGUCACCGAUGACGCCUUCGCUAUCGCAGCCCGCACAACAGCAGCUUCUAUAUUUGCAGCAACAACAGCGAAUAAAUGGCGUAAACAUCAGUGGAACAAGUUGCAUGCAACAGGGGCAGGCGCUGGCGCAGCAGCAGCAGCAGCAGCAGCAGGGCAGUAGCAACAAUUUGAAUUUUUCACAGCACGCUGGGUCAUCAAACAGCACCGCUCCUGCUCAUCUGCAGAUGAUGAAUAAUGGCACUGCGGCCACUUCAUCAAGUUGUGUUAGCUCGUGUAAUGGUACCAUCUCCCAGGGCCAGCUGCAGCAGCAGAGUAUGAACAACAACAAUCAGCAGUCGCAGUUGCAACAGAUGGUAAAUCUGUUCAAUGUGAACAGCGCCAACGGCGCGCAGCUGCAGCAGAAUCUAGUAGGAACGCUCACCACAGGGAUGACUACAUCUUCGUCUCAGCCGCAGCAGCAAGCCGGUGCGCAGCUAUCUGGGGGCGGACUGCAGCAGCAAGGAGGAUCGAAUACAACCAAUAGCAAUUCUUCCACGCUGCACCCUCAGCUGUCGCAGCAACAGCUUCAGAUGAUGAAUUUGAGUCCCAAUCAAACACAACUGCUGCAGCAGCUCCAAUACACCCAGCAGCUCUUGCCACAGUUGCAGCAGCAGAGCCAGCAGGUGCAGACCGCGAAUGCGAAUGCCGCCGCGAACACUCUGCAGCAGUCGGCCGUGAAUACUUCGACGUCCUCACAGCCACAGCAGAUUCAGCAGCAGCAGCGAGCGCCCACCAGCUUCGGGAACAGUUUUUCCGCCAGCCAGCAACAGCAAAUCGUCGCCAACGGCAGUGGGGGUGUCAACCUUUCAAAUUUUCUGCUGCAGCAACAGCAGCAGCAGCAGCAGGCAAAUACGUUGCAGCAACAGGGAGGGACGAACAAUGUGGGGGCGCUGGUACCACAGCAGCAGCUACAGCAGCAGCAGCUCAUUGCCCAACAGCAGCAGGCAAGCGCUAACCUAAAUCAGCAAAGCCAGAAUAAUGGCACAACUACCAUCGGGGCAACGGCAACUUCGUCUCAGCAACAGCCGUCAAAUUUACUGGUGGCACAGAAGCAGCAGCAGCUUAUGCUCUCUACCGCGCAACAGCAGCAGCAGAUCCAGCAGCGGCUUCAGCAACAGCAGAACCAGAACGCACAGCAGCUGCAGCAACAGAACCAAAAUGCACAGCAACAGCAGCAACUCCAGGUGACACAACUUCAGCAAACACUGCAGCAGCUGCCACCGCAACAGCAACUGCAACUUCAACAGCAGCUGUUCGCACAGCAGCUUCAGUCUCAGCAACAGCAAACACCAGCGCAAAUACAGCAACAGCAAAAUUCGUACAGGCACAUGCAAGACGCCGCUGCAAAACUUGGUGCGAGUUGUAAUACAUCACUGUUCAACAAUAUGAGCAACCUAGUCGGCAACGGAACAUCAAUUGGGCAACAGCAGUCAUGUAAUACUGCUGGACCAGCUCCAGCACUGCACCACCAGAAUCUCACCAUGCAGCAGCUGGGGUCACCAUGGCAGCAACAGAAUGCGAACUCUUUGCAGCAGAUGCAAAAUUUUCAGCAAGUAAGAGCGCAGCAGAUCCAGAACAGUUUUCAACAGAACCUUCCACAGCAACUAGGCAGUAUGAGUUCACCUGGGAACAGCAACAUGCCAGCUGCAGCGACGGCGCAACAGCAACUUCAAACAUGCACUGCAAACGUGACAAGUGUUGGCGGCCCGCAAGAGCAGAUGGCGCCGCAAAAUGUCCAGGGAAUGCAAAAGCCUCCAGAUAUUUCUGGAAUGUCGAUCUUGCACCUUCUACGGCACAACUCCCCACAAGCGCAGGAAGGGCAAAACAACUCGUCACCUGGUCUUGCCGCGAAUCAGCAGCCGCCGCAAGCUUCUGCCCCGGGAUCCUUGCAUUCUUCGCCACAGGUACUCAAUUCGCUACAACAUCAAUCUACAUGAAGAUUGUGAAUUUAGAUUUACGAUUUUGAUUUACAAUUCGAAGUCCAUCGCUAUGGUGACGUCGCACGUGUUGACAGUGUUGAUCCCAAUGGGAUCUACUCUUCACGCAUCGAGAGUAAAACGACGAAACCCAUGUACUUUCUUGCUAUUAAUUCAACAGGUAGCGCAGAGUGGGACACAACCAAGCAACGAAGCAACCGCGACUUCUUCACCUGGUCUUGUCCAGGAGAAAACAUGCUGAAGAGGGCAAGUACUACAUUAUAGCUCAAAGUUUACCCGUCAACUUUUUUUCUCCCGUUGAGCAAGAGGAAGAAGUGUGAGCGAUAUCCUAUCUACACUAAAGUUUUUUCGUGUUUACAAAAUGGAUUUCUCAAAUGAAAAUGAUACUCACAACGACCGGCGCAGCCGCAGCUAGGUGCUCUAAUUUCUUUCGAUGUUAUCGUAGACGACUUUUUUCAUUCAAGGAAAUGAAAAAUGAAGCGCAAAACUCAUAGUCUUUCUUCAUCCGUCGUGCGGUUAUCUUUUUCAUGCAGCGAUAAUCGCACGGCAACGAGCGGGCAGUGACAGCUGCUGGGUACUAUAAGCAUGACCGAGCGGUUCUAUAAAUGUAGCCAUAGGCAUACAAGUCUUCACUUACUUACUUGUUUUUUUUGUUGUUUCACGGUUCUGGUAGUUCUUGGGCUGCAUCGUCAGAAAAGGAUGCAGACGACUGUGAGCGUGUUGGUUUGACUUAUCAAGGUAAGCACUUAGAGCUUUACUGCAGCUGAAAAUGGUUACGUUGCGAAUGAUAUAUGUUGUGUACUACGCCAUAUACAUAUUGGAGUCCUUAAAGUUAAAAUGUACUUCGUUCCUUCUGCGACAGAAUGAACUUCUUUUGGAGAUCACAGCAGCUCUCUUCUGAAGAUGUUAGAUGUGCCAAUGCAUGGCGAGGCGAUCAUGUCCAUUGCCGUACAGAAUGAUUUUUGGUCCUUCCCAGGACGUCACCAAUGCGACAAUUUUUACAUACUUCGCGACUUUUCUUUUCAUUUCUGAUUCUUUAUCUCGACGUAGGCGACACUGGCAAGAAAAUACGAAAAUCCACCUUGGUAUUGGAUUUGGAAGUGGCAAAGCUGGUGGACAAGCUGCUCACCGCAGGACCGCAAAGACCUUGCAGCGAACCGGAAGUUGUGUUCAAGAUGUUUC